UCUUUGGAGAGGAAAGGAGGAAAGCACAUUCACAGGUCUUUCCGUUAAAUUUCGCUGAACUUUUUUCCCAAAUUGACAUUCUUAUAAACUCUAACAGCACAUUGCAGUCAGCCGUUCUGUUUUGGUUGCGCGUUUACCUUUGUUCUUUGGUGCUGCUGUAUUUUUUAUGGAAAAAAUGUUUUUUUGUUAUCUCGAAAUUGACUGCGUUCGACACUAGGAUUCCCCCCAUCGUCCGGGAUUACAGAUUACACUGAUAGUGGGUACGUUUUCAGCACGGCAUGUGAACGCAGCGCCGAACGCGUGAGAUAUCGCGUUGAACACCCGAAGAUAAAUUCCAUAACUUCAAGCAACCAUGUAUCAUCUUGUUCCUUCACUGACAAGAAACGCUUUCCUUUUCCCUCAACAACUUGACGGAAGAGUGGAGUGGUACGAAAGGCGGGUAACAUGCGGUCAUCAAGUUAUGCAUAUCUUCGAACCUUCCAAAUAAAAGCUGAAAAGUCAUAGCUUUUGUUGAUGAUCAAAGCCUCGACGGACGAUAUCUUACUAAGGCAGCCACUACAAGAAUUCAAAAAUGGCCGCACGUAAAUUCAUCCCAGGCAGAGAAAGAUUCUGUCAAAAUUUGCCAUCUCCCGAAAAUGUAUCAAGUAGAAGUUCACCCUGUUCAACGGUCUUCUCAGACGACGGCAAGGAUUACUAUGACUUUCAGUUAUACAGCCCCCUUAAUGUCGACUGCGAUUUCCAACUGACACCUGAACUUACCAGACUCGAUAUGGCUUCCUCUGCCAUUGAUUGGCUUGAGAACCUGGAUUCAUCUCUUCAAACAGAAGGAGGUUCACAGACAAAUGUUGCAGAGGAUCACCAGCGUAAUAUGAUGACGUCAUACAGGAACGCAGGUGUGGAUUGUCAAGUUGGUGCUGCUGUUACGUUUUUCAACCCUGUACAACCUAGACAUGCUUACGGUCCUUCUCCAACAGAGGUUGCCACCUUCGAAUGUCAUUUUUCUCCUCAUUCUUACCCAAAGGAUAGGAACAACCUAGAUUCUGUUGAUUGCGUUUCUGAUCAGAAAUGGAAAAGAAGCAGGUACUCUGUCCCGGAUGAAUGCAAAGAUGAGAAAUACUGGAGAAAUCGAUCACGCAACAAUAUGUCUGCGAGAAAAUCUCGGCAAGCGAAGAGAGACAAAGAUCGCUUGGUCGCAAGGAAGAUGGAGGAACUUGAGAAAGAAAAUGCCAUGCUAAAAAUGAUGCUGGCAAAUUUCAUGGUUCAACAUCAGCGGCAACAACAGCGCUCGCUUCCUUGGCAAUAGUUUCUCUUUGAAAAAAAAAACAAAAGUAUUCAUUUUGUAUUAGCCGGCGUGAAAGCAUAGACGUUCCCACUGUCAACUAAUAAAUCACGUAAUUAAAUAAUGUGUGCGUGCGACUGAAAUUAUUUGAAGGUACGAAUACUUACACUUAGCAUCCUAAAGUUAUACCACGACGUAGAACAAGGUGGCAAUGAGACUUCCUCAUUAAAUAUACAACCUUUGCUUUUAUAACGAGUACACAGCCGAUAGGAGACGGAACUCGACAGAGUGUUUCACGUGACGUAACACUUUCAGUUUAAAAGAACGUGUGUGUUUACGUGUGUAUAUUUGAAGGAAUUACAUAAACUCGGUCUGUAAUUGAUGGUUUGGUUUAUAAAUAGCUGCGGUUGACGGCCUUAUCUGUUCUAGCGUAGACUUGACCCUUUAACUCCAAGGAAUGACCAAGACAGAAUUUCUUCUUACUAUAUCAAUACCAUAU